GCUCUUUGAGCUUUUCCCCAUGCCGAGCAGCCCCCACCUCGGGAUCUCGGCGGGUUCCCUUCGGCCCCGGCUCCCUCAUUUCGCCAGCGGCCACUAACCCCCCGCACCAAUCUGCAUAUUCACAUGAUCGCAAAUGACCCGCGGCUCCGGCGGCAGCGUCUCAAGCGCCCUCCGCCCUCCCGCAGCAGCAGUAAGUGUGGACGACUGUGCAAGUGUGAGAGCAUCAUGGUAGCAUUCAAAGGAGUCUGGACUCAGCCCUUCUGGAAAGCCGUUUCUGCAGAAUUUUUGGCCAUGUUGAUUUUUGUCCUUCUCAGCCUCGGCUCUACAAUCAACUGGGGUGGAUCAGAGAAGCCACUGCCCGUAGACAUGGUUCUUAUCUCUCUCUGCUUUGGACUCAGCAUUGCAACCAUGGUGCAGUGCUUUGGACACAUCAGUGGUGGUCACAUCAACCCUGCGGUGACCGUGGCCAUGGUCUGCACGAGAAAGAUCAGCCUUGCCAAGUCGGUCUUCUACAUUCUUGCCCAGUGCCUGGGAGCCAUCGUGGGAGCUGGCAUCCUCUACCUCAUCACACCACCGAGUGUGGUGGGAGGCCUGGGAGUCACUGCGGUACAUGGGGAUCUUUCCGCUGGCCAUGGACUCCUGGUGGAGCUGAUAAUUACAUUCCAGCUGGUUUUUACGAUUUUUGCCAGCUGUGAUUCAAAACGAAGUGAUGUCACUGGUUCAGUAGCUUUAGCAAUUGGAUUUUCUGUUGCGAUUGGACAUUUAUUUGCUAUCAAUUACACUGGUGCCAGUAUGAACCCUGCUCGCUCAUUUGGACCUGCUGUCAUCAUGGGAAAAUGGGAAAACCAAUGGGUUUACUGGGUGGGACCAAUAAUAGGGGCAGUCCUUGCUGGUGCUCUGUAUGAGUAUGUCUAUUGCCCAGAUGUGGAGCUCAAGCGCCGUUUUAAAGAUGUCUUCAGUAAAGCUGCCCAGCCGUCCAAAGGGAAAUACAUAGAAGUGGAUGACACCAGGAGCCAUGUAGAGACCGACGACCUGAUCUUGAAGCCUGGCGUUGUCCAUGUGAUUGAUAUUGACAGGAGUGAGGACAAGAAGGGAAGAGAUCCAUCAAGUGAGGUUCUGUCUUCUGUAUGACUAGCAAGGAGCACUGAAAGCAGAGAGCAGCCUGCCAGCGAGUCCACAGAUAUCCUUCCACCUAUUAAAGAAACAGAUCUCCUCUAAACUGAGCAUCUACCAUUUCUUAAAAGGUAUGGUGAAGGCAGCUGUGUGGUAGUAGCAUCAGCAAACCAUACAUCUGCUCAGCUGGAAUAUUAGAACUUCAUUAUAAUUAUGAUUCCCCAUGAAUUAUUCCAAAUUUGGAGUUGUUCCUACUAUUUUCCUUCCUUUCUUUCCAGAACAACCCCAAAGUCAAAAAGAGAUGAAAGCAUUCUUUAAUAAAUCAGUCAAUAAUAAGACGAAGAUAGAGAUGUUUAACAUUCAGAUUGACAGAUAAGACGUAUCAGGAAAUGCCUAUAGACAUGAAGACCUACUUAUCAGAUUGUUCUUCUGACACUUAAUUGACUGUUGUCAGCUUUGAUUAGAACAUCUUAUCCAUUAAGAGUUCUCUGUGAGGUUCAGGGACAGCACCAACUGUAUUUAAGUGUUUUAUCCAAAGUCAAGCGAAGGAGUACUGUUUCCACUCACGUAUGUCACUACUACCUUGCAAACUACCUCUGAAAUAAAUUAUCUUUUAAUAGGCUGAAGAAAAAAUUCGAUGAACCCAUCAAAUUUCACUCAUAUGAUUUUCUGUAUAAAUGUAUUGCCUUCACCUCUUCCCAGAAGUAAAUAUGCUGAAAUUGAAUGUUGAAGUCUACCGUAAUAAGACUACAAAGUGUUUAACUGUACUUCAUGCUCACUUCUGACAUUGUCUAUCUGGUGAAACAUUCUCCUGGGGUUUGACUAUUGACCAUUUCUUGUUAGCAGACUCUCAAGGUCAUGCAAAGAAUAUUAAGGCUUUCCUGUUACAUAAUAACUCGAAUAAGACCUAUCAGAAGAAAGAAAGGCAUAUCUGUUUUCAGUGCACUUGUUUAAAUACAGAUUUCUGUGCGAAUUUAUGUAAACUAAAAGUUUAAAUUACUUACCUACUUUCUUACAGGAUGGUCAGAGAUUUGGGGUUUUUAAUUUAUUAGUAAUAUAGAGAGUUUUUAAAUUUUAACUGUAUUGAAACACUGAUUGAGAAGCAUUUUUUAUAACAGAGGAUAAAAACAUGACUGCUUCUGCCUUUCUGUUGUAACUAAUGCCUAACUAGUUGAACAGGAUCCUCUCUUGUUCCACAGCUCAUCUAGUCUUAAUUAUAUCUCCAGUAAAGGCCGCUUUAUUUGUUGUUAGGAAAAGAUGCAAACACUUGAAGGGUUUUUGAGGGAAAGGGACAUGAAAUCAGUAAUCAGGCUUUCCCCCAUAGAAGUAUUGUAAUAGACAUAAUCAUCUCACCAGAACAUUUCUAUAAAGCUUUUACUUACUGCUUUUGCUUCUGAUCAGUGGCUUUGGGGUUUACAACAUGCAGCUGCCAGUCAGAAGCAUUAUAUUAUUACUGUAAUUGUGUCGUUUUUAUUUUGAAAUUGAAAAGCUAUUCCUGCCUACUUAAGAAUAAGAGGGAAAAAAAGCAUUUGUCCUGGCUGUGGGCUGUAAUAGACUUGUAUCCUCUUUGUCGUGCUCUACAUGCAAUCUUUAUUGCAGGGAAUUAGAUGCUUCUAGUGAGAUAAUAAACCACUGCUAAACUGAAA